GUAUUCACAUCUGCCGCCAAGGCUCUAACCUCUUUUUUCUAGCCUCCUCCAUCGCUUUGCCCGAGUUUUCGUUCUCUUCGCCGCGAUUUAUUUUUCCUCUACAGGCUGAUCCAUAUAAAGCUAAGGGAGCCGUGGUGAAAAGUGCCUUGAUGGCGCUCCGUUUCGAGGUUCUAGGGAGGUUUAAUCGUGCUCGGGCAGCUCAACUAACACUUCCCCACUUCGUAUGCCAGACACCGCUUUUUAUGCCAGUGGGAACGCAAGGUACAAUAAAAGGUCUAACAACUAACCAGCUGGAGGAUAUCGGUUGUCAAAUAAUUCUUGGGAAUACAUAUCAUUUGGCACUUCGUCCUACAUCUGAGCUUAUUGAUGAAUUGGGUGGUCUUCACAAAUUUAUGAACUGGCCUAGAGCAUUGCUGACUGAUUCUGGAGGCUUUCAGAUGGUAUCGCUGCUGCAUUUAGCUGACAUCACUGAAAAGGGUGUAACAUUUCAGUCUCCAGUUGAUGGAAAGCCAAUGCUCCUUACACCAGAGGAGUCUAUUCAAAUCCAAAAUAGAAUUGGAGCAGAUAUCAUAAUGGCCCUUGAUGAUGUGGUGAAAACUACUAUUACUAGUCCAAGAAUUGAAGAGGCCAUGUAUCGUACCCUUCGUUGGAUAGACAGAUGCAUAGCGGCUCAUAAAAGGCCACAUGAGCAAAAUUUGUUUGGUAUUGUACAAGGUGGUUUAGAUCCAGUACUAAGGGAUAUAUGUGUUCGGGGAUUGGUGGAUCGUAAUUUACCAGGGUAUGCAAUUGGUGGUCUUGCAGGUGGUGAAGAUAAAGAUUCAUUUUGGCGUGUUGUUGCUCAGUGUACUGCAGCACUUCCUGAAGAUAAACCACGAUAUGUCAUGGGUGUUGGGUAUCCGCUGGAUAUCGUAGUCUGUAGUGCCUUGGGUGCUGACACGUAUGACUGUGUUUAUCCUACUCGAACUGCUCGUUUUGGGACUGCUCUUGUUCCGGAGGGAGUGCUUAAACUCAAGCACAAUGCGAUGGCUGAGGAUACUCGUCCUAUCGAUCCUGCAUGUGCUUGUAUGGUAUGCAAGAACUAUACAAGAGCCUACAUUCAUUCCCUUGUAACAAAGGAUGCUAUGGGAUCUCAGCUUUUAUCAUAUCAUAAUCUAUACUAUAUGAUGCAGCUUAGCAGAAAUCUACACUCAUCCAUAGUCAAGGGGAAGUUUCCCGAGUUUGUAUGCGACUUUUUGCAGAAAAUGUUUCCUAAAGGAGAUGUCCCUGAAUGGGUCUGCAAUGCCAUGGAAGUUGCUGAAAUUGAUAUCUCUUCUUGCUGGGCUCCUUUCCGUAACGAUUAAAUAUAGAAGAUCAAAUUUUGGUGUUUCUUGUCUCGGCUUCUGAGGAUGAGAUUGAAGAAAUCUAAUUUAUAGGUAAUCAAAUAGAGCAGCAUAAAUUUUGUAGCUUAUAGUAAUGCUGCUUCACCCCCAUUGAGCACACGUUCACCAUUUUCUGUCAU